AUGGCGACGCGACUUUUGUCUGGCACUGGGAGGUCGUUGCUGGAAUUCACGCAGCAACGGUACUGUGCUGUCCUCAGGGAAGAUGCGCCUACGUUUUCAGAUGUUAUCACAGUUGUAGCCAGUCAUAAAGAAGGUGCCUCGAUCAGAUACAGCAUCACUGGUGGGAACCGAGAUGGCCUCUUUACAAUCGACCAGAAGAGUGGGCUAAUCACACUGGCAGCUGCACUGGACUACGAACUCCACGACAAGCAUGAACUUGUAGUGUCCGGCGAAGGCGGAGGUCAGGUAGUUCGGACGACAGUGGAAGUGUUUGUGGCAGAUGUGAAUGACAAUCCGCCCGAGUUUACUCAUCCCGACCCUUAUGUCACCGUCAUCGAGGAAGAUGAUCGCCACCUCCCAACAACUCUUCUAAAGGUUGAAGCCACUGACCCAGACCAAUCGGACGAAUUUGGGCUUCUAUAUACUUUGCGAGGAGAUGGAGUUGACGGUUAUUCAUCAGAAGACGCUUUCUUUAAGAUAUAUCCACGUACAGGAGAUCUUAUACAGUUGAGAGCCCUAGACCGCGAUCCUCCAAAUGGAAAAAGGAUAUGGAAGUUGAGAGUCAAAGCUCAAGAUGGUCAAGAAGCCUGGAAAUCUGGAAAACGACUCAAAGGAACAAAAAACACAUUUGUGAAAUCUAGGGAUUACUCUUCAUCAUGGGACUAUGGAAAUGAAUUUCAAAAUGAUCAGCCAAUUGAAAAUACUCCUGGACGGCGCGUUGACAUUGCAACACAUACCACCCAGAAUGACGACGUAACUAAGCUGAACAAAAAUAGCGGUUACAAAUGGGACGGUUCUAAAAUUCGUGAGGAUGAAAUCAGGAGAAUACUGUCGGAGACAAAAGACAACAGGUAUGAUCGACUUGUAUCUCUCCAGAGUGGUGGAGAAAAUGCAAGAAAACGUGCGUGGACAAGAGAAAAAAACCGUAAACAUAAAACAAAGCCAUUCUCUUGGACAAAUUCUAAUGAUAGGCACCACCAGCAUACCCAGCACUCCUGGAAAUUAAAGGAAAAAAAUAAUAAAGAUGAUAAACAGCUGUCCUGGAAUGAUCAAUAUAGGUUCGGCAUUCUCAGGUCAGUAUAUAAUUACAAGAAUGAAGAAAACUCUCAUAGAAACCGCUGGGAACUCUCUAUGAGAUCAAAAAAUGAGAAAAGAAAAGAUAAAAGGGUCAGUGAUGGCUCAACGAGCAGAACAGCAGAAGGGAGCAAAACGAAAUUGGAAAAUACAAGCCUAGGAAGAGUUUUACAAGUACAAGGAAUGAAGGACCAAAUUUCACUCAGUAGGUUAAGGUCUGAGGAGCUCUUGUUAUCCUCUCCAGACACUUCAAGCGCAAGUAAUAAAGGCCAAACUUUUGAAAUAAGCAAAGAACUAUUGACAUCAAGUCUAAAUGCUUAUGCAGCUGUCAAAACCAAGAACACAGAGCCGAGGAAUAAGAAAGGAAAGAUUAAGAUUUGGGCAAUUAAUAACGGUGUUCCUCCUCAAAAUUAUGACUCCAACAGAUUUUUUCAAAAAGGCGAUAGGAUCUGUAAAGGUCAAGUACCGAAAAGCGACCUCAAUCCUGACGUGGAAGAUACAAAAGAAUUCAGACAGAAAGGCUAUUUGUCGUGGCGUAACAGUUUUAAGAGAAGAAUUACAUUCAGUGAAGAGGCCAAACUGCAUAACAUUGCAAGCCCUACGGAUGACUCACUUGACGACCUCAUUUCUGGUGGCAAAUUCACGAAUCCCCAUAUUUCCCAAAAUCCCUAUUUUAAAUCUUCUGAUUUGGAAGACAUUGAAAGUUCUGAAAAUGUCCAGUUGAGAAAAGAGUCACGUUUUGUCAACAAAGUAAAGAGGUCUGGUGGGGUAUUUCAAACAAAAUGCAAAAUCAACAUUUCAGAUGAAAGCUCCUCCAGUCUCGAAACCAAGGGAUCUAUAGCUGCAGCUCCAAGCACAGCGGUUGAUAUGGAAAGAUUGCAAGAAUACAGAGACCAAUUCAAGUUUAAUAAUCCAAAUAGUGCUAAGGAAAGGAAAAAUAAAAUUAUCCCUGACCACUCCAUAAAAUCGACAGAAGCUACUACUUGGAUGUUAGAUUCAUCGAGUAAUAACACCAAAAACACACCAACAGCAUUAUUUCCUCAAAGUAAAAUUGACUCUCGAGGUAAAGGAGUCAUUUCUAGCAGUGGCUUACAGCCCACUGGGGUCAUUUCAAAUUCAACUACAUUAGAUAAAUACGCUCAAAACCUUACGUCAAAGUCUUCUGAAGCAGUAUCAAAGAAAGCCAAAGAAAUAACAAGACUAGUUGAUCAGCAAAUGGAAGGUUUAACUCUCAGAGAAUAUAUCGAUACAUUAUCACAGAAAACCAACAAAACUCUGAAGAAUCCAAACAACAAAUAUUCAAGCUUCCCCGUGGGGCAGACCUUAAACCAGAAACUUUUGUUCAAAUCGAGUGGUAAAAGGACUGAUUCUGUACCCAGGAACAAAAACUUACUUCCAGCUUCAGUAGUCAGAGAGCGACGUAUUCGAAGUUACAAGUUGGGCAACGAAAAACGAGAAAGCAAAUGGGUUUUAAAGAAACCAAGAGGAAAAGGCUGGCUCUCGAGAGGGACCAGACACAUCAUCUCAGAAUCUCUUUUCGACAGAUUGGAUUCAAAUGAGGAAGAAUGCUACGAGGCUUCCCAGGUCAGUGGAUCAGUGACCGAAAAGGCCAGGAAUCCAAAACAAAAUCUGAUACAUGAAGUGGAGAUCCUUGUGACGGUUAUUGUCAAAGAUAUCAAUGACAACGCUCCUAUUUUUCCUAAUGUGACAAUGUUUGGAGAAGUACAAGAAAAUGGGCCAAUAGACAAUUCACCUCAGAGCACGAAACCUCCAGACAAUUCACCUGACUACACAAACCCUCCGGACGAUCCAACUGAGUGCAUGGAUCAUCCAGACGAUUCACCUGAAUGCUCUACUCCUCCAAAUGACUCGCCAGAGGACUUCGCUCAGCCAGAGGGCUCUGCCUAUCCAGACAGUCCACCCUGUGGCCAGAAUCCUCAAGGAAGACUUUAUGAGCUCCAAGAAGACAUAGCACUUCAACGGCCCAGAGCAGCAGCUGGUCAGUUAACUCAAGCUGAGAGCAUGGUCAAACGUAGUCAUGUAGAACAUGUCCCAGGUAACCCAGGAGAUAACGUGACAAUUCCCAUCCCACGUUCACUCUUCUACAAGUUGCGACCGCGGUCAGACCUGCCUACGUCUGUCUCCAGUGCUUCCCACUUUUCUGAGAAUGGCUCGGGUCGAGGUCGACCCGCACGCACUUUUAAGAGAGACAAAUCAGCUGAAGCCUAUGACCUAAACCAGUUCAGUUUGAAAUGUAAAGAGUCAAAACCCCAUGCUCGUUACUUGUACUCACCCUCCCUCGAUACUCAACAGUCUGGAAAAGCCAAGGUGACGUCUCUAGCAGCCUCCUCUUUCAAUCUCUCAAAUGCUCCCACCAUUCGCUCAUCCCACCUCAGCUUAGUACAGUUUUUCUUCCCUGUCCAUUAA